CAAUUUGAGCGAAGAACAGAGCAUGGCAGUGACCUUCACAAUGUUGAUCACUCGUCUUCUGCUGUUUCCUCGCCUCUCCCAGCCCUAGGUGGUCUGGCGUUGCCGUCUCUAAUAACGCAGUGGAAAGAAAUUAAUUUCUGUAGUUUCUCCCUCCAUUAAAAGGGCCAAGAAUUGGUGAUUAGAGACUUCGCACUUCCCGUUUUGUUUUUAUUCUUGUCGAAAUGAAGCUAAGAGUGGUGAGCAGAAAGGUGUACGAUUACAUUCGCUACGAUCUCAAACAAAUAGCAUUUCCUUCAUCGCUGCCUGACCCUCCUCAUCUCAAAAAGCGUCGCAAAUUGACUUGGCACGAACGCUUCCUAGUGUUGAAGGAGGCGUCAAGACUUUAUGCUGCAAGCUGGAUACGGGAUAUUGGUCCUGAUCUUCGGCCAAACGACUAUAAGAAGGAGGAAGGAAGUGAAGACAAGCCCAAUGGAAGAAAGAACACUUCAACACAAGAGAAAGAGCCCUCGGUAUUUGAAGAUCUUGCGGUGGCUGCAAGAGGAGGUUUGGAGACAUUAAGGCCUGCUUUGCAGCGGGUGUACAUGACAAGAGCUUCUGCAUAUAGAGAUGCACUCAAAAGUUUUAUAGAAGGAUAUCAAGAAGGUGUCCAGCAGGUCAGGGAGAAGAAAGAAGAAUCUAAAACUCAACAAGAGGAAGACUAUUGAUUACUGUAACUGAGGCAAUGCAAGUUUUUUUAUUGCACAUGCAAGUAAUAGUCCUUUUUAAUUUUGUCAAGUUACUGCCCUAGCAAAAAGAGUGCAAGAAGUUUCUAGGUUGAUUCAUCCUCUUAUGGGGAUUCCAUUGUACAUUAAGCCUAGUCUGAAAACUAUGGAUACACUGAAAACCUUUUGGUAUAUAA